ACAUAGGGAAACCUGCCAGUUCGUUCCAAGCAAUCUUAAGCCUGUCCCGCCGCACUUUCUUCCCUGCUGCUGUUAAUGAUAAUGUGGCCCGUUCUCUGUGCUUUAAGGCUUGGCGUUUUCUUGAUGGAACUUUCCCUUUCUUCAGCGAAAUCGACUGGGUCAUGGGGACAGGGAAAUGGAUGUGGUCACACGCUGUUAGGCCCUGACAGUGGGACGUUAGCAUCAAGGAAUUAUCCUGGAACCUACCCAAACCAUACCUCAUGUGAGUGGCAAAUCCAAGUGCCUGAAGGAAAGAACAUUUUUGUCAAAUUUGGAGAUCUAGAUUUGCAAUGUACCUCUGAUUACCUCAAAAUCUUCAAAAAAAUAUCUUCAUCAAUAACUGAACAUGGUACUUAUUGUGGAAGCCUAAACUCAGACUCCAGAGAAAUCCACAUAGACAGCAAUGAAAUGAGCAUUCAGUUUAAAAGUGGCUCUCACAUAUCAGGACGUGGCUUCUUACUAUCGUAUGCUGCAAGCAGCCAUCCAGAUCUGAUUACCUGUCUGGAUAAAGGAAACCAUUAUGAUGAGCCACAGUUCAGCAAAAAUUGUCCUGCUGGUUGCAAAGCUGUGGUUGGAGAAGUCUCUGGUGAUUUUUCACAAGGAUAUAGGCAUACGUCUGCCCUUUGCAAAGCUGCCAUUCAUGCUGGUGUAAUUCUGGAUGAACUGGGUGGCAAGAUAGAUGUUGUUCAGCACAAAGGUCUGAGUCGAUAUGCAAGCAUCCUGGCUAAUGGUGUUCUGUCAAAAGAUGGAUCCCUGUCGGAUAAACGGAUUGUGUUUCACACUAACGGUUGUAAUCAACCAUUGGGAAUGGAAUUGGGACUCAUUGCUGAACACCGGAUCAAUGCCACAUCAUUCUGGCGAUGGACAGAUGAAAAUGGUCAAACUGUCAGUUGGUCUCCAGACAAAGCGCGACUUAAUGUUCCAGGACCUAGUUGGGCUGCUGCCGAGGGUGAGAGCCAGCAAUGGCUCGAAAUAGAUUUGGGAGAGAGGAAAUGCCUCACAGGAAUCAUAACCACAGGUUCCACACUUCCACGCUUUCUCUUUUAUGUAGAAACUUAUAAGGUUUCCUUCAGUAAAGAUGGUCAAAAAUGGAAAAUCUACAAAGUCAGCAACAAUAAUGAUGGACAGAUAUUUGAGGGCAAUACUGAUUACAAUCAACUGACUCGCAAUAAUUUCAUCCCUGCCUUCUUGGCACGUUACAUUCGUGUCAUCCCUCAAAGCUGGAAUCAGAGAAUAGCCAUUAAGGUGGAGUUAAUAGGGUGCCAGCAAAUACGAUCAAUUACAGGUAAUAAACAAAAACCUACUCGUCCUCCUGAUAUACAAGACAAAGAAUAUGUGAACAAUACAGAUCCAGUAAUUACAAGAGAUAUAAAUUGUGGUUUUUUUUCGUUAAAAUUAGAGACUGAAUUUCUGAAACUCUGUCAGAGGUCUACCUGUCUACCCAUCUACCUGUCUACCGAAGAAACUCCAGCAGGAAUAUGGCUCGUAGCUAUUGUGGUUCCAGUCGUACUUUGUGUAGUACUUACGAUUUUGGGAAUUUACAUUUUCAAGAGUUUAAGAAAAAAGAAGAUUCAAGAUAUUGGUAUCUCUAGCCAAAGAACAGGUUGCUGGAAACAAUUCAAACAGUCCUUCAAAAGGCCCCAGUCAACUGAGUUUACUAUUAACUACUGCCAUGAAAAGGAGACCUUGCAGAAACUUGACGUUGUCAGGAGUGACUCAUCAGAUUACCAGCUAUCCGUAAUGGUUGGAACAGUAAGAGUGGCAAGAAAGGGCUCCACCUUUAAACCAAUAGACACAGAUGAGGAUGGUGGAAUUGGUGGAACAGAUUCAAUGAACCCUCUUGUUGAAAACCAACAUGAAUAUGCAGAACCCUUAACUAAUCAGGAACCAGUAUAUGCAACCCCAAUUAUUGACAAAGUGCAACACCUCAGUUCUUCUACAAGAAAGAAUCCAUGUUCAAAAGAAGCUUCCUAUAAUGUACCAGUAACAUCUUUAACGAAAAUGCCUUUGUCUUCUCAAGUGACUGAUUCUCACAUUGAACCCAACAUUCCUAAUGGUAAUGGAUUACACCCUAGUAGUGUGCAUUAUCAAAUACCGCAAGGUGUUACUAAUAAUUCAAAGAAUGGCAAAGCAGAAUAUGAUCAGCCAGCAAGUCACAGCAUUCAGAGUGUUGGCAGAUUUUGUGGUAAUUGAAUUUUUUUCUACUGUCGGUGAAAAAACUAUCUGGCAUCCCUAAAGAAAUCCCUAAAGAUGUGAACUGAUAAUUCAAGACUUUAGUCGCCAUCAUAGACCUGGAAUAAACUGCAAGAAUGUCACCAAAGUGGAAUAUUUGAGUAAGCUUUUGUAGUUCCAUGCCACACCUGGUGUGAGCCCCUCAGAACUACCAUUGUAAUAAUGAGAUUUUAUUUUCUGUCAUUAUGUAAAUUUAGUAUACUUUGGUAAAUAAGAUGUUUCAAAAGAGAAAGUGUACAAAAUUGCACACAUUUAUAAUGUCCCAUGCCUUAAUUGGUAUAAAUAUGCUGCUUAAAAAGUAAUGUGCAAUUUGAUUUAUGAGAUGCUCUUAAUGUGGACAUUGGUUACAUGCUUUUGCUUAUUCAUAGUAAAUUUUUAAAUGUGUAUUUUUUUCCAAUUUUCAUCAAUAUAAUAGAAGGAUUUUAACUUUUAAGCAAUGGAGGUAGACAAAAUUUUUAACUCAGUUUUUUUACUGUUAAAGAUGAAUUAUUACUAUGAGAAACCUUUCACUGUUGUAUGCAAGCAUUUGUUUCACUUGACUCUUGGUAACUGGAAAGAGUUUUUGAUGUUUGCUAUUUUCUCAUUGUGUAUGCUAAUAUAGUUCAUCGUAACAGUUGUUUGCUGGCUCAUUUGAUGACCUAUGGAAAUUGGCUGUUAUUCUUUACUUAAUAGCCAACAGUUAAAUACCAACCACUGUAUAUAGUAUUUUUACCAUAUUGCAUUGUUUAAACUUCACGGGUUUUAUUUUAACUUUCUCAAGGUAACAGCUGUUUCAAAAAAUAAAUCUAGCAAAUGUGAAAAUUA